AUGCAUCAUCUUACUCUCGUAAUUAAAUCCGCCCAUCAUUUCCGCAUCCAUUAUGAAAGAGAUGUCCUUCGGAAAUUCCAGCUCAAGACACAGCAUCUGCGUACCUUGAUUGAUGAAAUAGUCGAACCAUCUGACCCAUCAGCUAUUGCUAUGAAACAUGUGGAGAGCGAUCUUCUCGCUCCAAAUCCUCAGUCGCUCGUCCGAAGGAAGAUGAGACAUGUGUCACAGCGGAUUCUUGAAGCAUUGAAAGUGCUACAUGAAGAUGGCUAUAUGCUCACCGAUAUCAAAGUAUAUAACGUUUUACUUGCAGACCUUGAGAGCACAGUCCAAAUAACCUCCAGCUUCUGCAGGGACCGCGUCGGGAUUGUUCCCCUUGAAUGCGAACUAAAGAUUCUCUCCAGAUACCAGACCUAUUUUGGACCGUACCCGCUUUCAUAUGCUGACCUCACUGAUCAAGAGACCUUAGACAUCCUAUCACUUAUCAUGGAUGAUGUGCCACCUGUGAAAUUUCAGCAGGAAAUAACAACAGAAGACAAAGAGCUCAUCUUGAAAAUCAUGAAACCCGAUCCAAGGGACAGGCCGGCCGCAAAAUAG